GACGACUACGGUACCGGUAACCUGGACCACCGAUCGUUCGGUCCAUCGAACUGUGCCACGGUUGUCGGACGAGCAACUGUCGGGAAGACGCAACAGGAAGUCGAAGGACGAGGAAGUAGGUGUCACGGAUAAACACGGAGGGAGGUUCGUGUUCGCGGGUGAGGUCAUAGGUGGUGGUGGUGGUGGUGGUGGUGUCGUCGAGUGGAGCACAACAGUCGCCGGGCCGAUGUCAUCGUGGUCGUAUCCCGAAGAUGAGCAGCCGGGAGCUGUAAGGACACGCCCGAGCCCGGACCUGGAUGCCAAAAAGGACGAGGAGGCUGACGGUAGCGAGGAACAGGUCAAGGUCACCGUGGUUCAGGGUAAAGGCUCGUCCACGUCGACGACCGGGACCACGACCACUUCGUCGACGACGCAGUUGCCACCACCCAAUCGGGACACCUCUAUGGAAGCACUGAGCGCAAGUAGCUACAUAGUGUCAGUGGUGCUCGUCCUGAUAGUCGGGGCACUGGUGGGUGUCCUGGCGACGGUAUCGCAUCAUCUUCAUCAUCGUCGGUUGCUACUGCACGAGCCGGCCUCCGCCUCGAUCUUGCAUCACCAUCGGCAUCAUCAUCAUCGUCAUCAUCAUCAUCAUCGCGAGGAGCUGCCGGCGUCGCAUCAACGACGUCUCCUAUUGCAGGAUCACCAUCGUCAUCCUGGCACACCGAUGCUGUCGGUGAGCCCAGGAAUGGAGGUAGGAAGCGGCGGUCACGGCGGCCUCGGUGGUGGAUUGGAAGGUGAUCCGAGCGGCGGUGGCGCCGGUGUAGGUGGAGGUGGUGGAGGAGGUGGUGGCGAACGAGCGACCGACGAGAUGCAGGAAGCGAUGGUUGCCGCCGCCAGGGACCGGGCGAUUCGCGCCGGAAGUGUCCGCCAGGACCUCGCCCUCGACCUACCACCGCGGCUGCAGCUUCCGGAUGGCGAGGAACGCCCUUACGGAGCCCACACCGCCCUUCACCUGCGCGACCCGGACCAGGAGAGCGAGAUAUACCAGAAGUGCGUUCGACCGCCGCCAAACCGGACAGUGUUCGACAGCGAGAGUCCGCCGCCUUAUCGAAGCCAAUCGGCGUUGUUGGACGCGCCGGAUCGGAUAGUUCGCUGUCACAGCGCGGGCAGUUCCUUGCUGAGGGUGUUCCGGAAGUUCCCGAGUCCCGGUAGUUCGACACCGGCCGUAGUGGUGCCGCCCAGAAGACCGACCCUGUCCAGUUACUCCGAGUCCAGUAGCAACCUGAGCAAUCUCUCCAGCCUAACGGUGGUGCCUUGCGAAGCUGACGAGAGUCAGCAGCAACAACAGCAACCGCAGCAACAAUCGCAGCUGCAACAACAUCCACAGCAGCAGCAGCAGCCAUCGCAACAGCAGCAGCAGCCGCAUGUCUGAUCCAAGGCGCGGCCGAGGAGAGCACUCGAGGCCACGAUGACGACGCCGAGGAGAGAGUUCC